UUACAGUUGUUAGUACUGCUGUAGAUCCAGGGGGCUGCUAGUUUAAGUUUAAUUCCAUGGAUAAUACAGGCUUACGCUGAAUAAUACCAGGUGGACAAGGACUAGUAGUCUGCUUAUUGCAGGUAAAGAGGAUUUGUGUCCAGACCCCUGCUUUGCUGUUCCAGAGAGAAAAACCCGCAACGCCAAGCCAGGAAUGUCCAAUCCCACACCAGACACUCGGGCCCGUCCGGACCAGACUGAGAGUGAUGGGUCGUCCGAACCGUCACCCCAGGCUUUGAGGAAGCUACCUGGGCAUCUGAAGUUGGCACGCAGCCUUUCUAAAUUAGACUGCGACUUGCUGGCUUCCCCUCAUUGUGAGGACGACGGGCCUCUUGGUGGCCGGAGCGAAUCCCGGUCCAACUGUGCUGCUGAGAGGAAAGAAAUGGAGCAGAUGCCCUCGUUUGCCUCCGAGUGGGACGAGAUUGAAAAGAUCAUGAGUCUAAUUGCCAGCAUCGAGAUCUCCAAGGAGCAUCACCCUGCAUCGGAAGAUGCAGCUGGGGGCCGCGUGCUGGAGCAGUCGGUGGGGGCGUGGCUGGAACAUGUGGGCUUUCCUCAGUAUGAGAGCAAACUGGUGCUCAAUGGCUUCGAUGACCUGCGUUACAUGGGGAGUAACGUGAUGGAAGAUGAGGACCUUCACGAAAUUGGCAUCACCGACCCAGGCCACAGAAAAAAAAUCCUUCAUGCAGCAAAAAGCCUUCCAAAGGUGAAAGCUCUGGGGUGUGACGGCAGCACCUCUCUGUCCUCAUGGCUGGAAACUCUGGGUCUUGGAGAGUAUCUGCACAACUUCCUGUCUAGCGGCUACCGCACCCUGGACUGUGUGAAGAACCUGUGGGAGCUUGAAAUUGUUAAUGUGUUGAAAAUUGGUCUUCUUGGUCACAGAAAAAGAAUCAUAGCCUCGAUAGCUGAGCGACCGUAUGAGGAAGCACCUUCGAAAUCCAAACGCUUUUCCCAACUCAAGAUUCAGGACCUGUUGUCUCAAAAUACGUCACCUCUCAGUUAUAUGGAUCCGUACACCAGUCGCUCCAUGGAUAUGUUGCUUCCGCUGGGAGAAUCAGGCAGAAAGAGCAGAGCAUUGGAUCAGGAUGGCAGUAUCUCCCUUCGCUCCUUCGGUGAAAGAUCACGCUCACAUGACCGUCAUGCAGAUCGACAUUCACGCCCAAGUAUUCGCCCUUCCAGUCACUCUGCCACAUAUACCACAGUCUCCACCUGGCACCAUCACCCUGAUAAACUCAUCACCGAGUCCUGCGUUUAUGAGGCUAGAUAUUUAGGGUCUGUUAUCAUCCGAGACCUACGAGGAAUUGAAUCUACACAGGAGGCCUGCGCUAGAAUAAGGAAAUCAAAGGAUCACCGGAAAGGUCCCGUCAUAAUACUGAAUAUCACCUACAGAGGAGUCAAGUUUGUUGACGCAGCCACCAAGGUGAUGGUUGCAGAGCAUGAGAUCCAGAACAUCUCGUGUGCGGCCCAGGAUCCGGAUGACCUUUGCACAUUUGCUUACAUCACAAAAGAUCUGAAGUCUGGUUACCACUUCUGCCAUGUCUUCACUACAGUAGAAGUGACACAGACCUAUGAGAUCAUCCUGACACUGGGACAGGCGUUUGAGGUAGCAUAUCAGAUGGCUCUCCAGGCACAGAAGGCCCGUCGUCACAGUUCAUAUGCUGGUCCAGCCUCCGAAAACAUAGAACCCAAGACCAACAGGCCCACCUCGCAGUCCCGCAACAGUAUGCGCCGCUCCACCGGUGCACCUGUGCUUGAAUGCUGCUGCUGUUACUGUCACACGUGCUCCGCCCACCGCCCCUCCUACCUCCCGCUGCCCUCUAUCAGCCCUGGAGUUCAGAUCGACCCUCUGGAGCCGGAAACGGACCUGCAGUCCCUGGGCAGCACCAGUUGGCUCUACGAACCACGGGAAUCCUCCAGACCUUCGAGUAGCACCAAGUAUGAGACCACCAUUUUUUGAAACGUGGCACGGCCCUUGUCCAAUCCCGCCUGCUGCCCCAUUUUAACCCCACGCCCCAUAAACUCGAGUGCCCCGUGCCUUCUCACUGUGAUUUGUAGCCUCCCUCAGGGCAAGACUACUUCCCACUCCAGUCCCGACCCCGGCCCUUGCCUGCAUUGUCCUUUUUGGAGAGCCGUACAUCACCACCUUCCUUUUUUGUCAUCUUGACCGAUGAACGCUUUCUGGAAUUCCUGGAUUUGCCGUAUGACCAGCCUCCUCAAACUCUUCCGUCAUGGUCUGAAAUCGCCUCUGAAAGCUUCCCUAUUUUAUACAUUACGCUGAAUGUUUACGGUUUGGUCCCUCGUAUCAGAGGGUUCUCUAUCAGAAAACCUCCGAACUUGACGCACCGACACUUGUAGCAUUUCUACAUCUCCUCAUCCAGAUGGACAUGUUGGCGGAACUUUAUUAGAAAUUAGUAAAUCCACGAGCUCUCUGACUGCAACAGCAAUACUAGAACUGUUUUUCGAAGUUUACGUACAUUCACGAUCAUGAAUGCAACAUAACGCAGUUUCCCAUCGGCGCUCCUCCAACCCUGUAGCUCACUUUUUUUCUUUCCCUGUAGUUGGACCCACGCCCCCCCACCAAGCAGUUCUUCAGUUUUUCAAAAGAGUUGGGUCUGUCAUCUCGGUUCACAUCCAGUGCUUCCUUUUGUCUUACCAGGCAUCUGCAGCUCUGAGGCCCUCGGAAGAAAGACUAUGCCUGUUUAGAGCAUUUAAAGGUUGGCAUUUGAAAUGCAAUACAAUUUUACUGGGAAGAGUAGAAUACAGCCCCAAGAAAAUGGAAUAACCAA